GGGGGCGGCCCCGCCGCGGGAGGCCCCGCCGCCGGCCCUUGGACCCGGGCUCCCCGCCGAGCCAUGGCGGCGCCCGGGCAGAACCUGGCCGUGGUGGUGCACCGAGCCGGGGACCUGCGCCUGGAAAACCGUCCAAUCCCGGAACCAGGUCCCAAUGAGGUCCUGCUGCGGAUGCACUCAGUUGGGAUCUGUGGCUCUGAUGUUCACUACUGGCAGCACGGCCGGAUCGGGGAUUUUGUCGUGAAGAGCCCCAUGGUAUUGGGGCAUGAAGCUUCUGGGACUGUGGUCAAAGUGGGAUCAGGAGUGUCUCAUCUGAAACCAGGUGAUCGAGUGGCCAUCGAGCCUGGUGUCCCAAGAGAAAUGGAUGAGUUCUGCAAGACCGGCCGUUACAACCUGUCUCCAACCAUCUUCUUCUGCGCGACACCUCCCGACGACGGGAACCUGUGCCGCUACUACAAGCACAGUGCCAGCUACUGCUACAAGCUUCCAGAUAAUGUCACCUUUGAAGAAGGAGCCCUGAUUGAGCCCCUUUCGGUGGGAAUCCACGCCUGCAAAAGAGCAGGAGUCACUCUGGGAAGCAAAGUCUUUGUGUCUGGCUCUGGACCAAUUGGCCUUGUUAAUGUGCUCGUUGCUAAGAUGAUGGGUGCAGCUGCUGUGGUAAUUGCUGAUUUAUCUGCCUCUCGCCUGCAGAAAGCCAAGGAGGUGGGGGCAGAUUUCACCAUUCAGGUGACGAAUGAGACCCCACAGGAGGUGGCUUCCAAAGUGGAAAGUCUGCUUGGCUGCAUGCCCGAGAUAACUGUGGAGUGCACAGGAGUGCAAGCCUGUAUCCAGGCUGGCAUUUAUGCCACUCGUUCUGGUGGGACCUUAGUGCUAGUGGGGCUGGGGCCUGAGAUGGUCACGGUGCCCAUCGUCAACGCUGCCGUGCGGGAGGUGGAUAUCCGGGGGAUAUUCCGCUACUGCAACACGUGGCCCGUGGCCAUUGCUCUCCUGGCAUCCAAGCGGAUCAACGUCAAGCCCUUGGUCACUCACCGCUUCCCCCUGGAAAAGGCUCUUGAGGCCUUCGAGACCACCAAGAGGGGCGAGGGGGUAAAAGUCAUGCUGAAGUGUGACCCCAAUGACCACAACCCCUGAGAUGCCACCGUGCCCGGCCCCUCUCCCCGUUCCAUCGCCUGCCUGAGGUGGGAAGCAUGAGGCCACAGGAGGCUGAUGUUUGGCUGUUGCACAUUUCCACAGUCACCUUGUGCAGGCUGCUUUCUAAUAGAGCUUGAGAAUCAAAUGCUAAUGAGGGUGAAUGACACCAGGGGACACACCACUAGAGUAUUAACAGGUACCUACAAAUGGAGAAGCAAUAGGGGAAUAGUUUGGAUCAAAACACUGCUGUUUGGUUAGAGAUGGUGGUUUGCACAGCUGGCUCUUCUCUGGCAGACCCCAUGCACCCAACAGCCUGUGCUGGGCAGAGCUGCCUGUGGAAUUUGUCCCUGUGGACAUGCUGGGGAUGGUGCCACCAGCGGCAUGGGUGAAGUGAGGACAGAGAUGCUGGCUCUCCACCUUUCUGCCCUAGCACUGCCCUGGAGCUGUGCUUGCCACAGCUCUUCCCACAGUGCAACCCCUAGGUGUGGGGUUAGCCUUCUGUGAGUGCUCCAUCUUCCAGUCACUCUGUCCCUUGAGGACACUCAGGGACUGUCACAGCCUGUGGAACAAAGCAUGGCCAGCCCACCUUUUGAGGGAAGCAUCUGCACAUUUGGGUCAUUCUCUCCAUGCUCUUUGCAAAUAGCAAACUGCAGGCCCAAAGCUCAGAGCCCAGGGAUUAUUUUGAAGCACCAGCUAGUCUGGAGGCCAGUUGGGACCAUAUCUGCUGGGUCUUACUCCAUCAGCAGCUCCUCAGGGGGCAGAGGGACCACUGCAGAGCAGGGUGCAGGGAAACUUGGGGCUGCAGGGAGUCCUGUCCUCAUGCAGCUCCCAAGGCGGGGCUGUGCUGGGGACACAGCUCACUUGGCACUUGGCAUGGAGAGGAGCACAGGUGGGAAGCGAGGGGACAUCACUCAAAGGUUUUAUCACUGUGGAUCAUAACAUUUCAGGGAUUUCUGAUUUUGUGAGCCAUGAACAAGGUACUAGUGAGGUAGCAGGUUGCAGAUAGCAAAAUUAAUCUUUGAUUACAGGCAUGUUAAUUUUAGUACUGGGAGAUAAGUCCCUUUCUCGGGCCGGUACUGAACUUCCCUCAAUAAAUGUGACCUACCUGA